CUUUGCAACUCCUUAACACACACACAGAGACAGAGUUUGGUUGGCUUUGCUUGUUUUAAUUGUAGCUAGAGAGCCACAGCUAGACAUGGGUACUCCACCAAUACCAAUAGCUUACCAAUCCGGCACAUCUCUAGCAGUGCCAGAAUGGUUGAACAAAGGAGACAACGCAUGGCAAAUGAUAUCAGCCACUCUGGUUGGUCUACAAAGUGUGCCAGGGCUUGUCAUACUCUAUGGUAGUGUUGUCAAGAAAAAAUGGGCUGUAAACUCAGCUUUCAUGGCUUUAUAUGCUUUUGCAGCUGUGGUAAUUUGUUGGGUUACAUGGGCAUACAAGAUGUCCUUUGGUGAUAAGCUCCUUCCCUUCUGGGGCAAAGCUGGACCAGCUUUAGGCCAAAAGUUCCUUUUGAAAUGGGCUGCACUACCUGAAACUACGCAGUAUAAUAGUACUGGUGGGGUAGAGACGGCUAUGGCUCAUCCAUACUACCCCAUGGCAACGAUGGUGUGGUUUCAGUGUGUGUUUGCUGCAAUCACUUUGAUACUUUUAGCUGGAUCUUUGUUGGGGAGGAUGAAUAUUAAGGCAUGGAUGAUGUUUGUGCCACUUUGGCUUACUUUCUCUUACACUGUUGGAGCAUUCAGUUUGUGGGGUGGUGGGUUCUUGUUCCAUUGGGGUGUCAUGGACUAUUCUGGUGGUUAUGUCAUUCAUCUUUCUUCUGGGAUUGGUGGAUUCACAGCUGCUUACUGGGUGGGACCAAGAUUGAAAAGAGACAGAGAGAGAUUUCCUCCAAACAAUGUAGUGUUGACAUUGGCAGGAGCAGGGUUACUGUGGAUGGGAUGGGCAGGAUUCAAUGGUGGAGAUCCAUAUGCAGCCAAUAUAGAUUCUUCCAUGGCUGUUCUAAACACCAACAUUUGUGCUGCUACUAGCCUCCUGAUGUGGACAUCGCUAGACGUCAUUUUCUUCAAUAAACCCUCAGUCAUUGGAGCCGUCCAGGGCAUGAUCACUGGCCUUGUUUGCAUCACACCCGGUGCAGGUCUUGUUCAAGGAUGGGCAGCUAUAGUGAUGGGAAUUUUGUCAGGAAGUGUUCCAUGGUUCACUAUGAUGAUAGUACACAAGAAGUCAAAAUUACUCCAAAAGGUUGAUGACACACUAGGUGUGUUCCACACCCAUGCUGUGGCUGGAUUACUUGGUGGAAUUCUUACUGGUGUCUUUGCUGAGCCUGAACUAUGCAACCUCUUUCUGCCUGUCACAAACUCUAGGGGAGGAGUCUAUGGAGGAAACGGAGGAAUACAAGUCGGCAAACAGAUUGUAGGUGGCUUAUUCAUCAUUGGAUGGAACCUUGUUGUCACAACUAUCAUCUGCCUUGUGAUAAAAUUGGUGAUCCCUUUGCGUAUGCCCGAUGAUUUAUUACUUAUAGGGGAUGAUGCUGUUCAUGGUGAGGAAGCAUAUGCAUUGUGGGGUGAUGGAGAGAAGUAUGAUGCUACUAAGCAUGGCAAUUAUUCGGAUGAAACAUUGCACCCCAAGCUAUCAACGGGUGCUACUCAGGUGGUCUAGACUCUAGAGGGAUUUAAAAUUUUCAAUUAUAUUCAAACACGUCUAUAUUGACUAAUACAUGUCUAUAUUCAAACACAUCUAUAUUGAUCUACACUGUGUAUUGAUCAAUAUAGACGUGUUUAAAUAUAAUUGAAAAUUUCAAUAUACUCUAUCUAAGAAACUAUACGUAAGUUUUGUCACUUUUUCAGUACGUCCAUCAUCCAAAAGAUAAAGGUAUGAGAAGGUUGGCCUCUGAUUGUCAUUCUGAUUCUGGAUGGUGAUAAAACGGGUUGUCCACAUUUGUGUAAAAAAAAUUGUUUACUGUUUUUGAGGGCAGUGUUGGCUUUGCAAUAUUUCUAGUUUGA